AUUUCAAGAACCAGUUACCCACAUUUAUGGAUACGGUAAUACCGGGUGAAGCAUCAGAAACCGAUGAAGAUGAUGAUAAUGGUUGUAACGAUUGCAAUGCAAGUAACAGGAAGCAAGUCAAUGAUACUGUGCAAAAUGAUGGAGAAAUAAGGAAUUGGAAUUUAAAUGAAACUCAACAACGAUCAUGGAUUUUGCAUGUUGAUGAAAAAUUGGAGGAACGUUGGCGAACACUUGGUUACGAUACAAUAAGACUUGCUGAACGUCAAGCAUUUGCGCAACGUAAACAGUUUCAAAAUUUAAAACACAAUUUAUGCAAUACACAGCAUGCUAUACAGGCCAUUUCGUCAACUCUUUGUCAAGCUGGUGAAAAUAUGCGACGUGUUGAAUGGAAUUUAUCAUUAUUGCAAGAAGGUGCCAAGCUGAUACCUGAUUUUUCAGCUUUCUCAACUAAUAGCAAUUGCUCCACCAAGGAAUGAUUAGAAGAUUUGAUUACAGUUCAUGUAUUUUCUAUUGUUGAAAAUUAU